AUUAAAUGGCGUUGGUUCAGUAUUAAGUGAUAAAAUGAGAAGAUUAAGAAAUAUAGUGUGUUAAAUUACCACACGAGAGGAUUUUAAAUAAAUAAAGUUCAAAAAUAGGUCUGACAAUUUAACAAGUUUGGUGCGUGAUGAUGUUUUAGACACACGUAGAUAGACAAAAGAUACCAUGACAGAUCAAGGAGAAAUAAGUAAAGAACAUCUCUCAGAAAUCAAACGAACAUUUGAAUUAUUAGAUUUGAACAAAGAUAAUAAAUUGUCUGCAAAAGAAUUUGUAAAAGGUGGCCAUUUUAUAGGAGUUAAUAUGACACUACAACAGGCAGAGCAAAUGAUAAAUGAAAUUGAUACAGAUGGAAAUGGUUAUAUCGAAUAUGAUGAAUAUAAAAGCAUUAUGUCUGAACAAUUAAAAGAAAUGGACAGACGUAUUGAUAAAAAGAAGGCAAUUUAUAUGAAAAAUUUCAAAAAGUAUGACACAGACAACAAUGGGGAGGUAGAUUUAGGUGAAUUGAAGAAAGUUAUGUCUGGGUGUAAAAUGACAGAAGAAGAAAUAGAAAAACAAUUCAAUGAGGCAGAUGUUAAUGGUGAUGGCAAAAUAUCAUAUAGUGAAUUUGUUAAAUAUUUCUGCGAGGUUUAAGCGAUUGUAGAGCAAUUGGUUAUGAUGAUGAUUGUGUUACAAAGUAUUGUAUUUUUAAUGAACUUCAUUGACAAAGACCAUUUGACUUGCAUAGCAUUUUGUGGACUACGUGUAUAUAUUAGA